AUGGCCACAUCUAUACCCAAGGUUCGCGUUGGGGUAGCAGUUUUUAUACUGGCCUCAAAGAAUGAAGACCGGGAAAACCCGCGAUUUCUCGUUGGCCGACACAAGGGCUCUCAUGGUGCUGGCAUAAUGGCCCUUCCGGGUGGCUAUCUAGAGUUUAGAGAGGAGACCGAGGAAUGUGCUGCCCGUGAGCUGCUUAAGGAGACUAGUCUUAAAGUUACUAAUAUCCGGUUCUUAACCGCUAUUAAUGACUUUAUACCUAAAGACACUAAGCACUAUAUCACUCUAUUCCACGUCUGUGUCCGGGAGAACGAUAGUGACGAACCUCAGUUAUUAGAGCCUGAUAAAUGCGAGUCCUGA